AUGCAAAAUGAGGGAGUUCAAUAUGUGGGUAACUAUCAAGGAGGUCAACAAAGGUCUAACAAUCAAGGACAAUGGAGACAUGGCAACCAAUGGCAAGGGGGAAGUUUGAAUUGGUCCAACCAAGGAAAUCAAGGCUGGAACAAAAUUAAUCAAGGAAAUCGCAAUGGAGGGCCAUCUCAGAACUACAACCAACAAAAGCCCUACAACAGUCAAGGGCAAUCUUCUGGUGAUCCCGAGCUAAGAGUAAACAAAGAAGCAACUAAGGAGGCUCCCAAGUCCUACAAGCAGCUAUUUAGGCCACUUCCUCCUUUUCCGCAGAGGUUUUUCAAACAACAGAAAGAGGGACAGUUGCAGAAAUUCUAUAAUAUGCUGAACCAGAUAACUAUUACUAUGCCUUUUGUGGAGGCACUUGGGAAAAUGCCGGGGUAUGCCAAAUUCAUGAAAAACAUGGUCACCAAGAAGAAAAAUGUCAACUUUGAGAUAGUCAAAGUAAUACAUCAGUGCAGUGCAAUCAUUUCACAGGCCGAAGUGAAAAAGAUGGAGGAUCCGGGGGCAUUCACUAUCUCUUGUACUAUCGGUGUGACAAGCUUUGCCAAAGCAUUGUGUGACUUGCGGGCAAGUAUUAAUCUAAUGCUUUAUGAUGUGUUCAAGAAAUUAGGUUUGGGUGAUCCAAGGCCUACUUCUAUGAAGAUUUUUAUGGCGGAUCGAACUCUGAAAAAGCUGUUGGGGGUCAUUGAUGACAUUCUUGUCAAGGUGGGUCGUUUUUACUUUCCAGCUGACUUUGUGAUAUUAGAUUGUGAAGUGGAUAGAGAGGUCCCCAUCAUACUUGGUAGACCAAUUUUGGCUACGGGGCAGGCCAUUUGUGAUGUGGAAGUAGGAGAACUGAAAUUUGCUUGA